UUUUUUUCUUCUUUUUGGCUCAUGUUCAGAUAUGAUGUGGUUGUGAACCACUGAAAGUGUUUGCCAAGUAUAUUUGACCAAUGACAUCACAUCAACAGUUCAAACACCCUCCCUGAAACAUAUAAAAGAAAGUGGCCCUCCUGCUGUCUCUGCAAGAUUCUUCAUAUGAUCCAACAACACAGAAAAGCUCCAUCAUACUCUAAAGACUUAGACAGAGACUCUGACACCAACAUGAUGUUGUUCCUCUUCUUGUUUGGUCUGACUCUGGGUGCUGUGUCUCCUUCAGAUGAACGUGAAGUGAAGCUGCAGCGUGGAAACUGUCCCAUGUUCUGGUUCAGCUUCAACGGCCGCUGCUACAAGUACGUCUCCACACGUUUGACCUGGGCUGAUGCAGAGCUCUACUGUGUGUCACAGAGAGCCAACCUGGUGUCCAUCCACAGUCUGCAGGAACAGAACUUUGUCAAAAACCUGAUCAAGAACUUUGACCACACUGAGGGUCGCACCUGGAUCGGACUCAGUGACACACAGAAGGAAGGAGGAUGGAUGUGGUCUGAUGGGUCUGCAGUGAACUUUGGCUUUUGGUAUGCAGGAGAGCCAAACAAUGAUGAGGGACAUGAAGACUGUGUGCACAACAACUUUGGGCAGAAAUGGAAUGACAGACCAUGUUCUGAUACUUAUCCCUCUGUUUGUACAUAUCGCAUGGCUUGUCGUUAACAACUGAUGUUGUUAUGUUUGAUUCAACCUGGUGACUUUUCACCUCUCGCUCUGUAGAAAUGCAUUAGGCCUUCAAAUGAUGAAGUUACUGUCUGUAUUAGAAGUCAUUUCAUUAACAUUUUCACAAAUGUUCCUGUGGUUGGUCAAAGGAAAUAUUUUCCCAGCUUUUCCAUAUCCUACAAUUUGUUUGUUUUACUAAUUUGAACAUACAAAAAUGUUUUACUGAUAGACGUUAAACCAAAAGUAAUUCACUUUUAACACCAAUGACAUGAAGACACCUCAGUCCACAUACAAUAUUUUUCCUCCUGCAGGUUUAUUUAAUUGUUCUCACAUGUCUGCUCUGGCUUUUCAGGCUCUGUGGUUGUUAGAUAAAUGAAGGAACAGUUCAACAGCUGGUUGGAUUACAUCAUGAAUGACUGUGUGCACGAUCCUGUUUGGGUAUCAAGUGUAAAUUAACAGCUGGAUCAUAUAUGCACUGCUUUUGGAGAUCCGGUCCAUGUAUCACUAACCAGAUUAGCACAGUUUUAAAGAGCAAUAUUUGUUGUUUGUGACUUAGUACAGAGGGCAAAAAUAAAUUGGACUGAAAGGUUCCUGGUAUUUCUAUGGAAAUGAUAUCAGAAGUUAAUUCACUUGUAUCAUAUAGUAAUAAAUAUUUAUUACUUCUA